AUGAGCGACUUCAAAUUCAAAAGCACCGUCGACCCGAAACAAUUGGCCAAGGUUUUCAUGCCUGCGGCCAAACAAUGGAGCAAAAAUAUGCCUGUGGAACAGUUUGCGCAGGUGCAAAGCAAAAUCUUGGUGGAUUUUGUUUUGGGCGGAAGACCAGGAAGAGCGUACUACUUGGAGGCCCCCAACGGCGACAUUGCUGCGUCUGUGAUUGUGACACACCACAAGGGCUUUUACAAAGAGCCCACUCGCGGCAUGUCGUCAGCCAUUCCGGACCCAACUACUUUUGGGGUUUCGCCAGCAACCGGAUUGCUCGUCAGUUACGUGGUUACAGCCCAGGAGUACCGGGGCCAGGGGUUGAUGCGCAAGCUCCUUGAGCGUGUGAUCAGCCAUACCGAGGAAGAGCUUCUACAAAAAGAACUCGCCAAAUCUUCAGACGGAAAGGACAGCUUUCGGCUGAUGGUCACCAGCGAAGGCAAGGUGGACCGCACUUUGGCCAACUACUACAUGAGCAAGAAGUACGUGUGGUACUUGUACUCUGGAAUCGACCGCACCUACGAGAAAUUCGGGUUCAAGGCCUAUCCCUUGGACGGAUACAAGAUUCCCAUUUCUGCUGGCAACAGUGAAGUGGGACAGUUGGUGAAGAAGUUGCUUUCAAACUCAGCGUCCGAGGCCGGCGUGGGUAAGAAAUUGCGUCUUUUGGACCGCUCCAAAAAGCUGGAUCUCGACUUGAUCUCGUUCAUUUUGCAAGGCCGUGAACUUGACCUUUUGACGGACUUGAACACAGACGAUUUCCACUCCGAGUUGAGCGGCGGCCGCAGAUCUUCUCUGUCUCUCACCAACAUUGGCUCGGCCCUUUUAACUACAGAGAAGGGCUCGACUAAUGAGCUUUCCGCCAUCAGCGAAAAAUUGGAACAUGUCACCAUCACGCCUUCGUCUCGCCGCAAGUCAUCCAUCCAGCACAUGGCUGUACCCAAGUUUGGUCUUCAACCCAACAUGGAUCUGUUGGACUCCAAUUUUGUCAACGACAAGAUUCUUUGCGAAGCGGGCUCCGUGAAAGAAUACACCAACAUUUGCGGAGCAAUUCUCACCAAUGAGUUACAGCAGAAAAGCUUCUACAUCUUGUGGACUCUGGUGAUGAUGUCGCAGGUCCAUAUAGUUGGCGUCGGAGAGUUGAAGCUUGAUGUUUUCGGCGCGUUGGUUGAUCCGCUCGGCUUGACCAAUCCACCCCAAAGACGCCGUGGCUCGUCUUUCACUGGCUUGAACGACAUUUCCGGUUUGAAUUUGCAAGAUCUCGACUUGUUGGUGAGCACGGCGCUUCAUGUUGCUAACAAGCGCCGUUUCAAAGGUAUGUCGUCCUAUGUCUGUGUGACUAAAAACGAUCUUCCAGCUACAGUCCCUGCGGCCGUGUUGCACGACUUUUUCAUGAACUACGUGAGUCUGGGAGAAAAGUCCAAAGCAGUGGAGUUCGUACAGGACUUUUCGUCCCAGCAUAUUUUGCCUAUGUUGCGCAAAUUUGGUCUGUCGAACCCGGAGUUUGAAUUAGACUGGACUUCGAACAGUAUGCUUUCCUGGGGCUAA